AGUAUAGUCAAAACUGACACACAUUUCUUCUCAAACUUUCUUUUUUUCUUUGCAUCAUUCAUAAAGUAAUAAGCCAGCAGAUAAAGCCACCCCACAAACGAACUAAAACAUUCUUUCUUGCACUAAGGAGCAGCUUCAGACAAACAAGGAGGUUGGAGCAAUGGAAGAGCCAGUGUCAGAGAAGAAAGCAAAACCACAAGAGCAAUUGAAUUGUCCAAGGUGCAGUUCAACCAACACAAAGUUCUGUUACUACAACAACUACAGCCUGACACAGCCCAGGUACUUCUGCAAGACUUGUAGAAGGUAUUGGACAGAAGGAGGGUCUCUCAGGAAUGUCCCCGUUGGAGGUGGCUCUAGGAAGAACAAGAAGGUUAUUGUAUCAUCAAAGGUUCCUGAUUUGAAUCCACCAUCACUUGUUUCUUCCCAAAACCCUAAAAUGCAAGGUGUCCAUGAUCUUAACUUGGCUUUUCCUGCGGCUAUGGACAAGUACCAUGGCAUGUCUAUGUCUCCAUAUGUUGAGGUGCCAAAACUUGAAAUUGGUGACAGUACCACUCACCACCAUAGUUCUUCUUCUUCUUCUCUUUCAGCACUUGAGCUACUACAGUCUGGCAUGGCUUCUAGGGGUUUGAGUCCUUAUGCUGCAAAUUCCAUGAUGUCAGGCUCAGAUUCACUUUACCAACCUGGCUACCCCAUGCAUGAAAUAAAACCAAACCUUACCUUUUCAGUUGAUGGGUUUGGAAAUAGGUCAUAUGGGGUUCAAGAGAAUGGCAGUGGAAGGCUUUUGUUCCCUUUUGGAGACAUCAAGCAGCUUUCUGCAGGUGUUGAAGUGGAACACAAUAAAGAACAAGGAAAUAAUACAACUGGAUAUUGGACUGGAAUCAUUGGUGAAGGGUCGUCAUGGUAAGGAAAUUAAGAAAAAAAUCUCAACAAGACAUCAACCUGCAUUGUUUUCUUUAUCUUCACUAUUUCUAUUUAUCCUUUCUCACAUGGAUCAAUCGUUAUGAUCUCUCUCUGUUUGAAGUUGUUCCGAUCACUAACAAUAGGAUAAGUAUGGUCACUCUGUUUUGUAUACACAUUUCAAUUCGAGCAAUGUGAGGAUUUGUUUUUGUAUUUAGAGAGAUAGAUAGAAGAAAAGGUGAAUAUAGGGCCUGCUUUUAUCCAAGUCAUGCAAUAGCCUGUAUUCCUCAAUUCUUCUGUCACAAGUAGAUAUAUAUCACCUUUACUCAUAUAUGCAUGCUUUCAAAGAUUUGGUCCAAAUGACUUUUCAUGAUUAAGGAAAGACUCAGAUAUUCAAGUUUGUAA